AUGGAUCCCAAUGAAGAUGAAGAUAAAGAGAAGAUCAACCGACCUGCAGGUUCUGAUAAUUUCCAAAAGAUAAAGAAGGUUAAGGUUCGACCUGCAGAUCACGCUCAAGAGCUCAAGAUGAAUUCCGAUGAACAUCAGCAUCGAGAGGAGGAAGAGAAGAAGAUUACUCGGCAUGAUCAAGAUUGUCAUAAGAACGAUCAAGAUUUUCGUAAGAACGAGAUUAUUCGACCUGGAGAUGAUGAUGAUGAUCCAUCGGAGAUCCAGACAUCACGUAUCAGAGUCAAGCUCCCGAAAUCCAAACAACAAGACGAAGUAGUACUACAUGAUCAGUGUUCUUGCACAACGUGUGGGAAGGUCUUUUCGUCAAGAAGAGCAUGGGGAGGACACCGGAAGAUGCAUCUGAAAGAAGAAAAGGAGAAAGAAACCAUAAAGAAGAUUCAAAAUGACCAGCUGAUCAAGUCCAAGAAGCUUCAAAAUGGUGGCGGAGGAGGCGGUUGUCGAAUUAUUAAUGCCGAACAUCCUGUUUGCUCAAUCUGCCAUCGGGAGUUCAAGUCAUCGAACGCGCUGUUUGGUCACAUGAGAUCUCAUCCCGAUCGAGUCCGGAGAGGGAUUCGACCUCCGGUGGUAAAAUCCGGUACUGCGGCUUCAUCAGAUGUUGAUGGAUACGUUGAUUUAUCGAGAGAUUUGAUAGGGUGGACCCGAACAGGGAAGCGAGGUCGACCGAGUACUUACUGCGGCGAUGCUUCUUCUCUCAUGAAUCUCGCUUCUACAUUGAGAAAAAUCAACAAUGGAGCUAGAAUUGAAUAUCAAGAAUCCGCCUCGGAGGGAAUGAAGAUCACGAUUUCGAAUUCGAAAGCGUAUUUGAAAUCUAGGGAUUUGAAAAUCGGAAGAGGAGACGAAUCGCUUGUUCAGGAAUUUAAUUGCAUUUCGUGCUCUAGAACGUUCGCAAGUUAUCAAGCACUUGGAGAGCACAGAUCGCUUCACAGCAAAGAAAAGAUCGGUGACAAAAACGUCGUCGUCGAGUACUCUGCAAUGGAAAAUGAUUCAGAAGCUGAUGAUUCGGAAGAAGAGAGUGAGGAGGAGGCGACGUCGUUGUUGGGAGAAGAAAAUCAGGUUGUCUCCAAUGUGGUAGCUAAAGAGCCUGGUAGUAGAAAGAUCUUAGACUUUGAUCUGAACGAGCUUCCUGACAUGGACGAUAAAGAAGAAAAAGAAGAAGAAGAGAAGAAGAAAAAUGACAAUUGA